UGCUUCACGAGUUUUUUUAUACAUUUGCCAUUUGGUUUGGUUUUGUAACAAAUAUUACAUUAAAAAUGAGGCUAACACAAUUUUUGUGCAGUAAAUUAAAAAACUUUUCAAACUUUCCAAAGGAAUAUAUUGAAAGAAGUAAAAAACAGGUCCAUUGGAAAACACCUUCUGGUGUGCCCAACUAUCUGCCGCGCACAGUAGAACGCAAACGUUUUCGGUACACUACAAAUCGACCAUGGACUGGUCAGUUCCGGCAACAAAAUAUGCCCGGAACUAUUCGCAAAAAAGUCUUUCUUAACCCAGUGGAGGAGUGGAGUUUCUUUCGUGGUGAUCGCAUUGAAGUGCUGGUGGGCAAAGAUAAAGGCAAGCAAGGUAUUGUCUCACAGGUUAUACCCGAACGCAACUGGGUGAUAGUGGAAGGCUUAAAUUGGCAUUAUCGUACGGUUGGGGGUGAAGAGGGAUUUCCAGGAGUACUGAUCAAAUCGGAGGCACCAUUGGAUGUUACAAAAGAUAUCCGUUUGGUAGAUCCUUCUGACUUACAAGGCACAGAUUUCGAAUGGAGGUACACUGAAGAAGGUGAACAAGUGCGAGUAUCUGUGCGCACCGGGCGAAUUAUACCCAUACCAGAGACGAACAAUCAAACACAUGAUUAUAAAACACCAAAUGCGUAUAUCGAACGUGAAAAGGAUACUCCCGGCACCGUGGUGGGGGAAAUUACUUUCCAACCCAAGCUGGCGACAUUUGAAAUGGAUGUCAUGGAAGAAAUGGGCAUUGUGGAGGAACGUACGCCGAAAAAAACUUAUUGGUAUUAAGUUUAUUAACUUACUCUUUAUUAAUACCUUAAUUUGUUAACAAAUAUAGCCUAUUAAAAGAAAA